AUGGCUCCAGGACUGGCAACGGUCUUCGUGAUGAAGGAGGAACUACAACCGGCUGGAAGAGGUUACAACCAGAGGAUUGUGGUUUUUCUUCAGCUCGUCCCCCUGGAGAGGACACGGCGUCUGAGUGGUGCCAUGGAGAUGAUAUUUGGACUUCCAGCUGCUGCCACCACCUCCACCUCCACCACCACUAUUUCAUCACCUUUCAGCUUCUCUGUAGCUGCCAGCAAACUGCCCAGUCAGCAGAAAACCACAAGCGCAACAGAAAAAGAAGAGGAGAGACGUGUAGAAAUCCCUGUAUUUUCUGGAUUCCAGUCAAACCUGGACUCUCCGUGGAGAGAUGUCCAGUGGGCAGCAGAGCGAAGGGAGAACCUGCUGAAGGAUGUGGGCUCCUACAGACCGAGCUGUAAGGAGGUGACUCAGGCUCGGGUUCUCCUCCUUGGUCCGGUUCGCUCAGGAAAGUCCAGCUUCAUCAGCUCGGUCCAGUCGGUGUUUAAUGGAAGAGUCACCAACCGGGCCAUGGUGGGCUCCUCUUUCUCCACCAGCUUCACCAAAAAGCUGCAGUCCUUCAACAUACAGACUCAGGAUGAGCUGUGUAAUUCUGGGCUGGUCCUGUGUGACAUAAUGGGUCUGGGGGAUGGAGAGAUGACCGGGCUGACCCUUCACGACAUCCUGUCGGUCAUUAAAGGCCACGUACCUGAAGGGCACAAGUUCAGCCCAGAUCAGCCGGUGGGUUCAGAAACUGUGGGCUACGUGAAGAUGCCAAAGCUGAGGGAUAAAAUCCACUGUGUGGCCUUUGUGGUGGACGCCUCUCAAGUGUCAACCUACUACAGAAACCUCGGCUCCACCUUCAAACAGCUCCGAGAGCACAUCAGUGACCUGGGUGAGCAAAAGGCUGCCAGUUCAACACAAACAUGUUCCUGCAAGGAGUUAUGUUUAAACCAGGGCUCUGCAACCUUUAUGAUUAAAAGAGCCAUUUCUGCCCCUUCCAUGAGCAAAGCUGGAGCUCUGCUGGGUAUGUCCACCUCCUCCAUCGUUCCAGUGAAGAACUACUCAUCAGAACUGGACCCGGACGUGAACACAGACGUGCUGCUGCUCAGCGCUGUUGACCACAUCCUGCAGUACACCAACUUGUUUUUCCAGGAUAACGCACAACAAACGAGUAUACAAUUGCCUCGUGUGUCCGGGCUUUAG